AUGUGGGAGUCUAACAUUGCACCAAGGGUCGCAACUGUUCUUGAAAAGAACAAGGUAGAAGCUAGAAGUCACAUUCCCACCAAAGGGAGGGAAUUUAUGUACCAGGUGAUGAACAUGUACGGGGGCAUAUGGGAACUCACUGGUAUUCCAUGUAGCCAUGCUGUUGCUGCUAUUUGGCAUAAAAGAGAGGAUCUAGUGACAUAUGUCUCCAAAUGGUAUACCAAGGAAUACUACAUGAAGGCAUACUCUCAGCAAAUUUUUCCAAUUAGGAAUCAAGAUGAAUGGCCUAGAAGUGGCAAGGGAAAAGACAACCCCCCAGCUGAUCCUGGUACUUAUGCUAGAAAUAGCAGUCAGCCAGAAAAUGCUUCAGUGAGUUUAGCAACAAAUAUAAGUGCUCUACAAGGAAUAAUGCCACCACCUCAGUUUUGGGACAGAGAAAGUUUUGUUGAUGGUCCUAUUCGGUGUCUUCUUUGUAGCCUAGAAGGUGAAUUUCCCUUCAGAAUCGUGGAACUUAUUCGCCUCUUAUCAUCCCUAUCUGAAGGAACUUGGCCAGCUGAAUGUAUGUAUAACUUUCUUGAUAAAUCAGUGGGCAUUUCAUCCUUGUUUGAGAUUACCGAUGAUUCCUUGGUGGAUGCCACAUCCCAAAUUGUUGAAACACGUGCCCCCUUGCAUGUCCCUGGUAUUGAAGGUCUGUUGAUCCCUAGUAGCACUCACAGACAUAUUAUGAAAUUAAUUGGUUCAAAUAAUGCUCUUGUACGAUGGGAGUAUACACAUUCUGGGGUGCUUGUGCUACAGCUGCGUCUAGCCCAGGGUCUUUAUAUGGAUGGCAAUGAGGAAGUUCUACUUACUCUUGAUCUUCUUAAUCAGAUGAUACCUUUUAAUGAGGCUAUGUGUUUUGCUUUAAUGGGCAUUGGCAGCUCAUUUCAUGCUCAAGAAACUGCUGUGAGUGGGCAAUUGGAGAGUCGAGUGUGGGUUGUUGAGAUCAUCUACACUUUGGUCAAGAAAUUAUCUCCUAAUCCUAAUAGUGCUGCUAUAAUGGCCAUGGGUGUUAACAUCUUGGCAAAGAUGUUGAAAUGCGGAUCAUGGUUGCUUUAUGGAAAAUUGGCAACAAUGCUAUUAAUCGACUGUGAGCAGAACGAGAAUAAUUGUUUCUUAACUACAGGUGUGUUGGAUUUCACAAUGCAGGUGAUGGAAACGGGAUUUGAAAAUGAUACUGUUCUUGCAUUAAUUGUGCUUGAACUAAUUAAAAAAGGUAUCGCAUUGACAUCAUACGCUGGAAAGCUGGUUGGGGUCAUCUGGGACAUGUUACUUUCUGAUUCUUCAAUCCAUAGUGCUCUUUUUCGGAUUGUUUGCAUGACUUCACAAGCAUUGGAGGCCAUACAGAUUGGUGCCACUAAAGUAGUGUCAAUGCUGUUGAUGACAGGAGAUUUCUUGCCACCAUAUUUUUCUGCAAGCAGCUUUGGUCUAGAUGAUAAACAGGUUGCUGAUUUGAAAGAUUCUGUAAGCUUUAUUCUACUAGAGCAAUCUCAAGAAAAUGAAGACUUAUUUGUUGCUACCGUCAAUCUUUUCACUGCUGCUGUUCGUCAUCAGUUUAUGGACGUCCAAUCAGGUAAUGCUGGUGAUGGGAAGCUGCCAGCAAUUGAGGUUUCCUCUGGGCCAGUAGAGUCUAAAAGUUCAAGCCUUGUAGAUGCAGUACUUUGUUGUGUUGUAAAUUCUGACAGUCAUAUCAAUAAUAUCAAUAUAUUGGCUAGGUUGAAAAGCUCUGAGAAGUUCUGGAAGCAAUUGUCUAAAUGUAUUUCACUAACUUCGCUGGAUUCUUUGCCUGAUAGCCUGACUGAGAUGGGAGCUCUAAAUCUGGCAUACAAAUAUCAGUGUCAAUCUUCCAUAAUGGAAAUAAUGGCAUAUGACAUGUUUCUGCAAAAGAAAUUGUCACAGGUGGAGUCACUAGAAAAACCAGCACCCAAGUCAAAGGGAAGGGUGGAAAAUUCAGGAGGCACUGAUAAACCAAAAGCUGCAAAUCUAUAUGAUCAUAGAGAUGUUUUAUCAACAUGGUGUCAGGGCUCUGAUUUGGUCAAUCUGAUCAAGUCACUUGCUACUUAUGAAUAUGAUAACAAAUCAUUUUAUCAUGCAGAGGUUUCUGCCAGUUUAGUCACGGUGCAUUUGAUUGAGAAAUUAGUUGUUGGUGAUACUGGAAGUUUAUCUGUAUCAAUACUUCAGAAGAUGAGCACCAUGUCUAAAAAGCUUAGAAGUCAUCCUGCUUUCUCUGAAUUGUUAGCCCAAUAUUCACAGAGCGGUUAUAGUGAAGGGAAGGAACUAAAUAAUUUGAUACUAAGUGAUCUUUAUUAUCAUCUAGAAGGAGAGCUUGAAGGUCGUAAAAUAAGAAUUGGACCAUUUAAAGAACUUUCUGAAUACCUGGUUGAUUCAAAAGUUAUGCACAAUUCCCAAACUUUUAACAUGAUGACUCAGUAA